AUGUCCGUGCCCCAGAUCCAAGUAGAAGAAAUGGUAGGUGGGGAAGAAGAGCCUGGAGCCGCCCUGCCUCCCGAUGACCACCUCAGGAGCCUGAAGGCCCUCACGGAGAAACUGAGGCUGGAGACCCGAAGGCCCUCCUACUUGGAAUGGCAGGCCAGGCUGGAGGAGCAGACGUGGCCCUUCCCAAGGCCAGCUGCUGAGCAGGGGGAGUGUGGAGAGGAGGAGCCCUCGUCCCCCCAGAGAGAGCCCGGGCAGCAUGCUCCACGUAACAGGGGUGCCAGCCGGGCUGCUGGGCCGCAGCCCGCCGGGAAGCUGGAAGGCUUUGAAAGUAUCGAUGAAGCGAUAGCCUGGCUCAGGAAGGAACUGAUGGAGAUGCGGCUGCAGGACCAGCAGCUGGCCAGACAGCUCAUGCGCCUGCGCAGUGACAUCAACAAGCUGAAGAUCGAGCAGACCUGUGACCUGCACAGGAGGAUGCUCAACGAUGCCACCUAUGAGCUGGAGGAACGGGACGAGCUGUCUGAUCUCUUCUGUGACUCCCCGCUCGCCUCCUCCUUCAGUCUCUCCACACCACUCAAGCUCAUUGGAGUCACCAAGAUGAACAUCAACUCCCGGAGGUUCUCUCUGUGCUGA